AUGCUCAACCUUAAUACCCCAUUUAGGCCUGUAAGGAGAAGAUCACCGGGUGUCAAGAACAAUCGCUCUUUAACUCACAAGACUUCGUUACAGGUUGGAAAGAAGGAUCAUGCGGCUUCAAGAUCACUAACAAGUGGCCGAAAAAGGACCCCUGCUGCCAACAGUCAUAUUAAGUAUGCCAUUUUAUGGAGAAAAGUCUCGCAUCGCAAAAAUAAACCUUGGGAUGGGGACGGAGUUCUCCGGCUUAACAAAAACACCGAUUCGGCAAUAGUCAAAGAUGAGGAUGGCAAUUUUCUUGGAAAGGUGUUUAAGGCAUCGGAGAGGAUCUUUGGGGAAGAUGCAUUUAAGUGUGGCUCCGCAAUCGAGUGCCAAUUAAACGGUGAACUUGAAUCGAGUGCUGAUUCGCAGUCGCAAUCAUCAGCCGAUCUUUCAAGUGGUCUUACUAUGAAGAUGUCAUCUGGGUUAAAGCGUCACAAAAUAGAUUCAAUCCCCAGUUCGAAACGUGCGAAGCGUAUUUCCACUAUUUCCGGGCACAGCAGCGUGAAAAGUGGCUCGCUUUAUCCUGCAAAGUCGGUGCUUGACAAAAAAAACUCCAGGAAGCAGAACUUUCUCUCUGAUGGCAGCAGCCACUCAUCCAUGCCGUUAUACAACAUAGCAGAGAUCAAUAACCCACUUAUAAUGGACAGACCGGGGCAGUUCGGCCCUCCGGGUACUUUGGUAAAGGAUGUUGUGGUGGAUCCUGCAUUAUCGUGCAAGUUGAGGCCGCACCAAAGAGAGGGCAUCAAGUUUCUGUACAACUGCGUUAUGGGAUUCAACAGCUUUGUGGGCAAUGGUGCUAUUUUAGCCGAUGAGAUGGGUCUUGGCAAAACGUUGCAGACCAUUUCUCUAAUUUGGACUCUUUUGAAGCAGACGCCGUAUGUUGGCCAGAAGCCAAUUAUCUCCAAUAAGGUGCUCAUAUGUUGUCCGGUGACACUAGUAGCAAACUGGAAGAAGGAAUUUCACAAGUGGCUAGGCAGGAAACCAAACUCCCCGAGUGUUUUGGCCCUGGAUGGUGCACAGCAAAGUUUCAGGCAGAAAGACAGGCAAAUAGUCCAUGGCUUUUCGAAUACCAAAGUGUACAAAGUGCUUAUAGUUGGCUACGAGAAGAUGCAAUCGCUUGAAAAGGAACUUUCCGAGGCGAAGUUCGAUCUCUUGGUCUGCGAUGAGGGUCACAGGCUUAAGAACUCUCUCAGCAAGUCGUUCAAGGCAUUGCAAAGGCUGGAUAUCCGGCGUAGAAUCAUUCUUACAGGCACACCAAUUCAAAAUGACCUGACCGAGUUCUACAACCUCAUCAGUUUUGUCAAUCCCGGGGUUCUGGGAAGCUUCAAGGAGUUUCAGAAGAAGUUCAUCAAGCCUAUUCUUCGGUCCCGGGAGACUGGAUGCAGAAGUAAGGCCGUGAUUAGUCUCGGAAAGCAGAGAACAGAGAGUCUCGUGCAAGAGACGAAGAAAUUCAUCCUUCGCAGAACAAAUACAGAGCUUGUGAAAUAUCUACCCAAGAGAUCAGACUAUGUUUUGUUUGUUCCGCCUUCCCGGCUCCAACUUGAGCUUUUCCGUUUGCUGGCCAAGACGAAGAAAUACACAAAAAUCAUGGAGGAAGAGGAGGAACUACAACCGGCCGGAUCACGUGCAAAGCCUUCGGUCACAAAGGACUCUCUCAGUCUUAUGACCACCUUCAGAAAGAUAUGCAACUCGCCGUCUUUGCUUGAAGAGGAUUCACUUUUCAGGGAAAUAUGUGAUGAUGCCAGUGGUUCUGGCCCUGGAAGUGCGUUUGCAGAGCAGUUGGGGAAGAAGGUGAAGAGUGGGAAGAUCAACUUGUUGAUGAAGCUGUUGACUCUGAUCUAUAGGAACACUCAGGACGAGAAGGUAAUCGUGGUCUCCAACUUUACGCAGGUUCUCGAUGUAAUCGAGAAGACAAUUCAGAGUCUUCGGCUUUCCUAUUCACGACUAGACGGCUCUACACCUUCAAAAGACCGCUCAAAGCUUGUGGACAGCUUCAACAAGUCCACCAAAGAAGCGUGCUUUGUUUUUCUACUCAGUUCGAAGGCUGGAGGUAUGGGGUUGAAUCUAGUGGGUGCAUCACGCUUAAUUCUUUUUGACAACGACUGGAAUCCGUCUGUUGACCUACAGGCCAUGGCCAGGAUUCACAGGGAAGGCCAAAAGAGGCAUGUUAGGGUAUACAGACUACUGACAAGCGGAUGUAUUGACGAGAAGAUAUUCCAGAGACAGUUGAUCAAACGUAACUUGAGCGAUCGUUUUGUGGAUGACUCAGCAUCGUCCGAUGCCGAUUUCUUCAGCUAUUCCGAUCUCCGUGAUAUUUUUACGCUUGAUUGCACACAGGACGACGAUUUAGUUGCAGCAAAUGAUGAAGCAGAGGACGAUGAACCUGAAUCGUUUGUCACAGCAUUAAAGUUCAGCCAAAACUGCGUGAAUGAUGAGAACGAGACCAAGAAUAGAGCCAAAAAGCAGAUACAGCGAUGCCUUCGGGGGUUUAGGCACAUUGAUCCGGUAGCAGCAAAAAGUGAGACUCCAACUGAUGAUGCUGUUAUCAAUACUCUAGUCGUCGACCAGGACCCUAAGAAACCUUUAUUAAGUUACAUAUUUGCUAAGUAUUAG